UGCCCGGUGCACCGCUAAUUUCUAAAUGCCUGCUGUGUCAAAGUGGGUCUCAGUUUGCGUCCUCGUGUGAGGCUGUCAGCAGGCAGGCAGGUCCGAGCCGAGCUUUAGGAUUCACGUGUUUCAUCACAUGAGCCUCUAAGGACGUGCGUUUACAUUGCAAUUGCAAGACCUUUUUAUUUGGAUCGAAGUUCCACUUUAAUUGUCGCCGCAAGGGAGACGGAGGACUUUAAGCAAACUUUUUCCUUAUGGUGUGCGACUUGACUGCUUCAUCACUUGGAAAUCUUGAAAAUCAUUUAGGUGAACUUUUAUAAAAAGAUGUUCACCAAGAAGUCAGUUUUGCUUCUGGUUUUGUUCUGUUUCGUUCGGGUGCUGGAGGCUCACGAGUGCACGCCGUGCCAUCUCCGCACUUGUCCCGCCAAGGCGACACAAGGCUGCGGAGGCGGUCGGACCGUGGCCAACGAUCCGUGCGGGUGCUGCGAGCACUGUGCCCGCCUGGAAUGGGAGCCGUGCGGGGGGCCGGACUGGAGCCUCGGCUACUGUUCUCUGGGGCUGACAUGCGCUUCAGUCAACUCGACUGGAGGCGCCGUCAUCCCUGAAAUUGGAGUCUGUAAAGUACUUCCACACCAUCCAGAGGCUGGCCUUGAAGACGAACGAUGCCCUCUGAUGACAGGCUGCGACAGAGCAGAAGGUCAGUGCGUCUGUGAUGCCAGACACACCUGCCUGGGAUCUUUCACUUACCCGGAUCAGGAGGCCUGCAUGAAGGCCCAUUCAGAGGGUCUGAACCAAGAGCCGAGAGAAAGACACAAGCAGAAGUAUGUGGGACCAUCCAACCCCGCCUGCAUGUUCUCUGGCUGUAACCUGACCGCUGACGGCUGUGUGUGCGAGUCUCAGAGCUGCAGCCAUCACUUUGCUUUCAUUAACCGGAGCCAAUGCCAGGAAGCUGCAGAAGAGCUAAGGUGUGCCAGCGUUGCUUGUCCUGCUCUCCCGGUGUCCACGUGCCCAAAAGGCUCAGUCUUGACCAAAAGUUACACGCCUCCUGCUGGUUGCUGCCCCUCAAUCCCACCCCAUUGCACCUGUGACUUUGGGGCCUGCCACCAGCCAAAAUGCCCGAGUGGACAGCGUGCUGUUCCACUCAGCAAGGCCAGCGGACAGCCUGGAGACUGCUGCGAUGUCUUUGAGUGCCAGAAAGUCUCCCCGAAGUGUGUCCAUAACGAAAAGGAGUUCUCAGAUGGGGAAGUGUACCGCAUGGACCCUUGCUGGCUUUGCCAGUGCCGGGGAGGAAUAUCCUUCUGCUCCAAAGCAGAGUGCGCUGAGCUGGACUGUGAGAACUUCUACAUUCCUGAGGGCGAGUGCUGCCCUGUUUGCAUAGAUGUGGAGUUACUGUCGGUCGACAGCACGAAAGCCAGUUGCUGGGUAAACAACAAGCUGCGAGCCCACGAGGAGCAGUGGAAAGAGGAUGACUGCACUUUCUGUCAGUGCGUGGACGGAGAGCCGCACUGCACGGCCAUGGCCUGCAAGCAAAGCUGCCAGAAUCCCGUCAAGAUACCAGGAGAGUGUUGCCCUUUUUGCGAAGAACCUUCUUAUGAAACAGUCAGCCCCAUGGUGUGUCCUCCUCUAGAAAACUGCAGCCUUUCCGAGAACGACUGCCCUUAUGGCUUCUAUCAAAACAUCAAUGGAUGUCUGCUGUGCCAGUGUCUCAAUAAUGACUCCUGCCCUGACCUGAGAAAACAUUGUCCCCUGAAAUGCUCCACGGGAUACGAGAGGGACGACUUUGGCUGCGAGGUGUGUGAGUGCAGCAUCCCUGUGCCCAGGUGCCGACCUUUGACCUGCGCCAAAACCUGCCCCUAUGGAUUUGUUCGGAACAAGCACGGUUGUGAGAUGUGUCGCUGUGUCAAGUGCCCCCCCUUCACCUGUGACAAGCACUGCACUGAUGGCUACAGGCAGAACAAGAAGGGAUGUUCCAUCUGCAUGUGUAAAGACAACGCCCAAUUCCCCAGCGUCACCGCCUCCUACCCAGUUCCUAGCUUUUGUUAUACUUCGAAUGGCAACCGAUACGAGGAAGGCGAUAGCUGGCACGACGGCUGCCGCGACUGCUACUGUCAUUCCGGGAGGGAGAUGUGUGUCCUCAUAUCCUGUCCUGUGCCCAGCUGCCCUCAUCCGGUCAUGAAGCCUGACCAAUGUUGUCCUAUGUGUGAGGAUGAGUCCGGUAGUGGUCUGCCGGAGGGGAUGGACAUGGUGGUGUGCAGAGCCCCCGGGGGGGAGUUUUAUGUGGAGGGGGAGACCUGGGACCUGGACGAGUGUACACGAUGCACUUGUAGGCAGGGACGCGUCCUGUGCGACACUGAAGUUUGUCCUCCGGCUCUGUGCCAGACACCUACCAAAAAUAAGGACACCUGUUGUGAUGCGUGCUUGGAGGAGACCCAGAGUCCACUGCUGCCAGUGAACACCAGCCAGCAGGAGUAUUGUAUCACCAACGAGGGAGACGUUCUGCUGGCGGGAGACUCCUGGAAGACCAACGCUUGUACCAGUUGCAUCUGCAACAACGGCACCAUUCAGUGUUUCUCUCAGCGCUGUCCCCCUGCCAACUGCAGGGUCCCCGUCCUACGCAAGGGCCAGUGCUGCCCGUAUUGUCUCGAAAUGACCACAUCUGCGCCAGUCUUGUUGUCGACCGUCACCUCAAAAACAAGGGUCACCACAAGUGUGCGACGGGCCGAUGGGAACGUCGCUAUCACAGAAACGCCUGUUGUUGCGGACACAGAUGAGACAGCUUUGGGUGAAAAUUACCCAAACCAAACAGAGAUGGCCGUCAUCUACCAGUCAGCCGCCUGGAUCCUGGCAGGUCUCCUCUUGGCUAUCAUCAUCUUCCUCAUUGUUGCUUUGCUUAUCAACAAGAAAAAGAAGUGGGUGCAGAUGUCCUGCUACAGUGCUCCAAAAAAGACGGUGAUCUUGAAGCAUGUGAACAAGAACCAAGUGGUCUAUAUGGAGCCCUCCAAGGAGAACAAGUUUCAGAACGUGAAGAACGACUGUGGGAUCCAUUUCUCCCCCGAGACCAGCUCUCCCUGCGCGGACAAGAUGACCAUCCCUAGAGCCAAGCUGGCAAACAACUGGACGGCGCGCUAACAUCGGCGGACAGGAGCCGGGCGCCGCCUCAUGCUCUCUUUUGUACUGCUGUCGUUCAUGGUCAUUUAUGCAUCCGCACAUGCGCAGACAGACACAGACACAUACCCCAUGGAGGCCGCCUGCUCACCACAUCUAACAUUUGUGGCUAGAAAACACCCCAAGUUCGCAACAGAAACAACACAAUGUGACCCUUCUUGUGUGUUUGGACCUUUUCCAGCAGGGACAUUGUCCAGAGGUGCUGGCAAGACACACACACACACACACACACGGCUUUACGGCACAAUCGCUGAGCCUCCUCAGUCAGACUUAAACUAAGAACAAGUGUAACUUAAUCACCUUUCUUGCCUGCUUUCUGAGUAGAAAGAGGGGAGACCGUGUUUGGAUUUGGGGGUUACAGCAUGCUGCCCCUUCUUAGUGGAGCAGAUGCCAGUACAAUUAGCAGGGAGGCCAAAAGAACUGCUUUGUAGCCACCAAAUUGUAACAGUCCAGCGGGCUUUAUAGCGUUAGAAUGUGUGGUUUCUGUUUAGUAUGUUGUAUAUUACAGCAGUACUGUACUCGUAUUCAUUCUUGUUUUGUUGAUGUCCUCUUCGGGCCAAAUUUUUGAUGGUUGAAACAUUCCCGCCACCUGAUGAACAAAUCUUUUUGAAAUGAUCUGCAAGAAUUCCCUCAGGAGUCUGCCGCGCAAACAGAAGCUAACAGUUUCCAACCGUCUGCUUUUGCGAUUUAUAUCUGGAAGAUGAGUCGGUGAUGUCAAUCUCGAAAGCAGAAGAGGAGACAAAUAUGCUUUGAAAUAAUCCCUAAAAGUCCAGAUGAAAUUAUUUUAUGCCGCUUUAGAAUGGUACAUUGUUUUGAAUGUUGCCAAUCAAUUCCUUUAAAAUACUACAACCUUACAAGAGUGACCCUAACGACCUAUGUGAAGGUGGCCCCCCAUCAGAUGCAAAUUUAUAGAAAAAUGAUGUCAUUCCCUUUAUGAUGGAAAAAAAAUUGUUUGUGCUGCUAUCGUUUUUUAGAUCGCGAUUCCUCGUUUUUGCCGGUUAAUGGAAACCGCUACCCUCCCCCGUGAAUAUCUGCAAAGUAGUGGCGAGCCAUAGACUUCAUAAUGUAUUGACGGGGCGUGGGGCCGAUAAAUAGGGGGCCUGCAUUGUUGGCCAGGCCGUCAAAGCUGACCGAGUGGAAUCGGAGACAAAGAGCUUUUUUCGUUAAAAAUUCUUGUGAAUAAAUGCUUAAACGCCCUGAAUUCUUUAUAGAUAUGGAUGUAAAACAGUCACGAUUCUUGGUUAAAAGCAGAAAAAAAAAAGUGCAGUUAGCGUUUAUUUUACGUAAAUAUGUCGAAGUAUGAUCGAACUAUGAUCCUAGGAGCUAUGUUGUCUGGGGCUUUAAGCCCCUGGCAGGGUCACCCAUGGCUAACAGGUCCUAGGUGAGGGGCCAGAGAAAGCAUGGCUCAAAAGACCCCUUGUGAUGAAGACCAUUAACGGAUUCAGGUUUCCCUUGCCCAGACGCGGGUUACCGGGGCCCCCCUCUGGAGCCAGGCCUGGGGGUGGGGCUCGAAGGCGAUCGUCUGGUAGCCGGGCCUGUUCCCAUAGGGCCCGGCCGGGUACAGCCCGAAAAGGCAACAUGGGUCCGCCUUCCCAUGGGUUCACCACAUGCGGGAAGGGCCAAAGGGGUCGGGUGCAUAGUGAUUUGGGCGGCAGCCAAAGGCAGGGGCCCUGGCGGACCGACCCCCAGCUACAGAAGCUAACUCUUGGGACAUGGAAUGCCACCUCUCUGGCGGGGGAAGGAGCCCGAGCUGGUGUGUGAGGCAGAGAAGUUUCGACUAGAUAUAGUUGUACUCGACUCCACACACAGUUUUGGUUCUGGUACCAGUCCUCUCGAGAGGGGUUGGAAUCUCUUCCACUCUGGAGUUGCCCAUGCUGAGAGGCUCCGAGCAGGUGUGGGAAUACUUAUUGCCCCCCGGCUUGGCGCCUGUACGCUGGGGUUUACCCCAGUAGACGAGAGGGUAGCCUCCCUCCGCCUUCGGGUGGGUGGCGGGUCCUGACUGUUGUUUGUGCUUACGCACCAAACAACAAUUCAGACUAUCCACCCUUUUUGGAGUCUUUGGAGAGUGUGCUGGAGAGCGCCCCCUCUGGGGACUCCGUCGUUCUCCUGGGGGACGCUCAUGUGUGUAAUGACAGUGAGACCUGGAGGGGCGUGAUUGGGAAGAACGGCCCCCACGAUCAGAACCCGAGUGGUGUUCUGCUAUUGGACUUCUGUGCUAGUUACUGAUUGUCCAUAACGAACACCAUGUUCAAACAUAGGGGUGUCCAUAUGUGCACUUGGCACCAGGACACCCUAGGCAGCAGUUCGAUGAUUGACUUUGUAAUCGUGUCAUCGGACCUGCGGCCGUAUGUUUUGGACACUCGGGUGAAGAGAGGGGCGGAGCUGUCAACUGAUCACCACCUGGUGGUGUGUUGGCUCCGAUGGCGGGGGAAGAUGCUGAUCAGACCUGGCAGGCCCAAACGUAUUGUGAAGGUCUGCUGGGAACGUCUGGCAGAAACCCCGUCAGAAAGAGCUUAAACACCCACCUCCGUCCGAUGUUGAGACGGCCGAUUGGAGCUGUGGCCGUAAGGUGGUUGGUGCCUGUCGUGGCGGCAAUCCCCGAACCCGCUGGUGGACACCAGCGGUAAAGGAUUCCGUCAAACUGAAGAAGGAGGCCUACUGGGCCUUUCUGGCCUGUGGGACUCCGGAGGCAGCUGACAGGUACCGGCUGGCCAAGCGGACUGCCGCUACGGCGGUCACCGAGGCAAAAACUUGGGCAUGGGAGUAGUUUUGCGAGGCAAUGGAAAACGACUUCCGGACGGCUUCGAGGAAAUUUUGGUCCACUAUCCGGCGUCUGCGGAGAGGAAAGCAGUGCAUCGUAUAUACUGUAUAUAGUGGAGAUGGGGUACCGCUGACCUCGACUAGGGACGUCGUUAGUCGGUGGGGAGAAUACUUCGAAGACCUCCUAAAUUCCACCGACAUUCCUUCCUUUGAGGAAGCAGAGUCUGGGGACUCCGGGCUGGGCUCUCCUAUCUCUGGGGUCGAAGUCACUGAGGUGGUUGGAAAGCUCCUCGGUGGCAAGGCCCCGAGGGUAGAUGAGAUCCGCCCGGAGUACCUAAAGGCUCUGGAUGUUGUGGGGCUGUUGUGGCUUACACGCCUCUACAACAUCGUGUGGACAUCGGGGACAGUGCCUCUGGAUUGGCAGACCGGGGUGGUGGUCCCCCUUUUUAAGAAGGGGGACCGGAGGGUGUGUUCCAAUUAUAGAGGAAUCUCACUCCUCAGCCUCCCCGGUAAAGUCUACUCAGGGGUACUGGAGAGGAGGGUCCGGCGGGAAGUCGAAUCUCGGAUUCAGGAGGAGCAGUGUGGCUGUCGCCCCGGCCGUGGAACAGUGGACCAGCUCUACACCCUUGGCAGGAUCCUCUUUAUAGGUAUGGACGUAAAACAGUCUCGAUUCUUGGUUAAAAGCAAAAAAACUGUGUAGUUAGCAUUUUUUUGCGUAGAAAUUGCGGCCUAUGAUGCCAAUGCAGUAGCGGCUAAUUUCUCCCAUUGAUUUUUUUCACAAGUUUUUUAAAAGGCAUGCACGGUACGAAAAAUAUAAUAAUUACCUUGAAUCCUCGGACAAAUCACUCCUGAGACAAUACUUCCUGUUUGUAUAAGAUACAGCUUUCGUACUUUUUCAACAGAAAUCCGGCGAUAGAUCGCUGCGUGCGUGUUUUUGAAUAGCUCCGCUUGAUGUGGGCGGCCCCCUACUUGAAUGCGAGGCGCAGUACAUGACCGAUCUGACCUGUCAAUACCAUUAUGAAGUCUAUGAUAUGGCAAUUUUUUCUAAUACCGUUAAGGCCUAACUAUCUUUACUUUUUUUUUUUUUUUUUUUUUUUUUUUACUUAUUAACGGCUAAAAAGUAACAAAAUAAUCCAGAAAUACCAUGUCAUUACCAAAAGAUACAACAACAUAUACGUUUUUUUACUUCGCAACACCCGCCCAGAUGACAAAGUAUUGGCAGAUUCUCAAAAUCAGGUGACUCAGACUCGGAUGCAAAAAUAUGUGAUCGGGACAUCCUUAAUUAUAAUAAUUUUCAAAAUGUGUAACAAUCGCCAAAUGUUCUUAGCUAAUAUGGCCUUAAUACAACUAAAACAGUAUUUGGACAAAAUAUAUUACAUGAGCGUUUUGUUUUUAAAGUAGCACUUUUCGGCUGUUUUUUUCUUUUUCUUCUUUGGGGGGCUAAACAUGCUAAUCAAGGAUUUGAUGGCUGAAUUAAAUCACUCCAGUUAACACACAAUGUUCAAGCUGGAGGCCAUGUGCUGUACCAAUCGGAUCAAAGCGGAAUUCCAUUUUUUUUUUCUUUAAUUAUUUUAAAUCACCACUCAAAGCGUUGCCAAUGUACAGUAUUGCUCCAUAACAAAGAUGAUUGUGAUGCCAAAUCUGAUCAACUGGUUGCUAUUGAUUUUUUGUUUGUUUGACAGCAGAUCACGUGCUUUAAAAUGAAGAGUGUGAAUGAUUCCCUGUUCUUUUUGUUCUACUUAGUGUAAAAAGCUAGUCUAAAUUAGUUCAGCAGAAGAGUACCCUAUUUAUUUUUUCACAUAGCUUUAUUUAUUAAUACUGUAGUUCGAGUUUCCCCCCUUUUCUUUUUUUGGAGUAUGAACUUUGGUAGCCAAAGUUUCUGUACAUUUUAGGACAUUUACACCGAUCUGCUAUAUUUAGUACUGCCUUAUUUAUUUUUGUUCCAAGCCUGUAAAUAAGUGAAACUGUAACAUUUACUCAUUUUGAGAAAUAAACGUGUGAAACAAACAGAACAUGAGAAUCUGGUGUAAUGCGGACACUGCCAUUGACUGUGAUGGACAUCCAAUCAUCCUUCUGUUGUGAAAUGAAAUGUGUUUGUAGACUCACUUGUAGACAUCCUAUCCAUUUAAAGUGCGUAUGACACCAAAAAACAUGUUAAUUUCAUUUUUCACGCAGUGUUUUAUGCUCCUGAAUCAAAUGGACCGCUUGGAUGUGUGUGGAAGCGAUCGUUUUAUGCACUACGGUAUAAAAGUUUAGGGUCACUUAGAAAUUCCCUCCUUUUUGAAACAAAAGCACAGUUUUUUUUUUUCAAUCGAAAUAACAUUAAACUAAUUAGAAAAACACUCUAUACAUUAUUAAUAUGGUAAAUGACUAUUCUAGCUGGAAACGUCCGGUUUUAAUGCAAUAUCCACGUAGUUUUGUAAAGAGGUCAAUUUACAGCAAACGUCACUACAGUGUUCUAAUGGUACAUUGUGCUUGCUAGUUGCCUUAGAAGGAUAUUAGAUGAUUAGAAAACCUUGUGCAAUUAUGUUGGCACACCUCAAAACGGUUUAGGUGGUUAGAGAAGCUAUAUAACUGAUCUUUUUUUUAGCUAGUUGGGUAUCUGGACCACUCUCAAAAUGGCCAGAAAAAGACAACUUUCAUGUGAAACUUGACAAUCUGUUCUUAGAAAUGAAGGCUAUUCCAUAAGAGAAAUUGCCAAUAAUUUGAAGACUUCCUAUAACGCUGUGUACCACUCCCUUCAGAGAGCAGCACAAACAAGAUCUAACCUAAGUCGAAAGAAAAACGGGAGGCCCCGCUGCACAACCGAGCAAGAAGACAAGUACAUAAGAGUCACUAGUUUGAGAAAUAGAUGCCUCGCAGGUCCUCAUCUAGCAGCUUCAUUAAAUAAUACCCGUAAAACGCCAGUGUCAAUGUCGAAGAUUGGAAAAAAGUGUUAUGGAUAGACAAAUCAUAGUUUGAGGUGUUUGGACUUUGGAUCAAAGAGGAGAACAUUUGUGAGAUGCAGAACAACGGAAAAGAUGCUGGAAGAGUGCCUGGUGUCAUCUGUUAACUAUGGUGAAGGUAAUGUGAUAGUCUGGGGUUGAUUUGGUGCUGGUAAAGUGGGAGAUUUGUACAUAGUCAACAGGAUUUUAAAUAAAAAAGACAAUGCUCGAUUGGAGUCAAUUUCAUCCUACCACAUGACAAUGACCCAAAGCACACCUCCAAAUUUUGCAAAAACUAUUUAGGAAAAAAGCAGGCAGCUGGUAUUCUAUCUGUAUUUGGAGUGGCCAACACAGUCAACAGAUCUCAAACCCAUUGAGCUGUUGUGGGAGCAGCUUGGCCGUAUGGUACGCCAGAAGUGCCCAUCAAGCCAAUCCAACUUGUGGAGGGUGCUUCUGGAAGCAUGGAGUGUUUCUCUAAUCUUCUUUCUCUACUUCUCAACAAAU